AUGGAGCCCGUGGUGUAUGAGGAGACCCCGUUCGCCGACUACCUCAGAGAUGGGGGAGAUGAGCCUCAGUCGGACUGGGCGCCUGGCGCGACAACGCCAGAACCAGAAUCCUCCGCCGGUCGAUCCAGCCCUUCACCACCCUCCAGUCCAUCUCCCUUCGCUCCCACUGGUCGACCCUUGGUGAAGCCAAGAUUCCGUAAUAAAGUGCCCAACCCUCUCCAACUAGAUGUUCCCAAGCCUUCAGUGUUGCGCUCCAUGCGGAGAAACUACUCGGCGGCCGUAGCAGCGAGUAUCGAUCGAGCGGAUAACGCCAAAUUUCUCGAGCAAUUUCGAUAUACCAUUAUUGCCUCUCAGUUGUUAAGCGGCCACUCGGGAUUGGGACAACACCAGCUCACCGCCAAUGGCCCCAACGGACCACCACACGACGAAGCCAAGUCUCUGUUAUCGACCGAAGGCAUCCUGGCAUCGAUUCUAGCGGCUCUUGCUAUUGCAGUUAUACUGAGCUGGGUGGUGGAAAGUGGCGUUACGAGAAAGAGGCUCAUUUUCUUGCUCAUCCUAUGCGCAGCUGCGAUGUUGCUGGGCCAAGUUUAUAUGAGGAGACAAUGGUUGCGUUAUCGACGGUCACAAUCACUUUCGGAGAUCACGGCGUUCAUUGAGCACUCGCACGCUUUCGAUACCGCAUCCGGAGCUGCGCUUUCUCUUAUACAGGAGGUUGAGCUGGUCUCCAGAGGAUACCGACUAAGCGCGCCCUUGCCUCCCAUUAGCCGCAUCGAGGAUCGCGCGCAGACACGCAAAUGUGUUCGGUUGCGCAAGGCGGCUAAGGAAUCGUUGGCCGAGGUUCUUGAUGCAUAUAACCAAGUCUGCACUGUAGUCAACGGCUUCGCGGAACAGACAGACUUGGAGAAGUACUACGACAUAUACGACAUAACCGAUUUCGACAUGUCAGAUGCACGCCGUGGAUUCAACGAAGAAGAGUUUGACGACCCCGAGUCUUUGAGAACGCUCAAGAUCCUGUCUGCCCGUUUCUUCAUCGUCCGCAAGCUAUUUCUCUGCGCUUUGUUGGCCCUUGAUGCCAGCGGCGAUGCCAAUGACUUGCUUCGUUGGACGACUGCUGUUGAAUCCCUUCUGAACCUCAAUGCCUCGACCAGUUCUGCAUCUGCUAGGCUGCAGACUCUCUUGGGCGAAGAACAAACUUUCACUUCGCCACCAACGCCGAAGCAUGCUCUGACACCUGGACGAGAACGUUGGCGAGCUCAACUACGAAAACUCAACUCGCUCUCGAGUGGAAUCAGGGGCUUACAAGCGAAGCUUCAACUACUCCGAGAAGAGUCAGAUCGCACACUCAACGAUUCUAACGACAUUUCGGAGCUCGGACCGAAUCUCAUGGCGCAAUUUGAGUCAAUUGGCAUGGACCUAAAAGACUUGAUGGCGGCAUGGGAGGAAGGUAGAGCAGCUCUAGCACUCGGUAUCGAUAGGAACGAAAAGAGGCUCUCAUCCAUGAGCACCCUGCUGUCGCCUGCAAGCUCCCUGAGCGGACUGACGACUGUGGAUGAAGGCGGCGGAACAGCCGAAGCGCUCAAGGCCCUUACAGGCGAAUCUCCUCCAAAUUCAGAUUAUGCCGGGUCUGCAGAUCACGAGAACCUCGAAGUAUUUGAGGCAGUCGCCCGGCCACGACCGCGAAGCAUGCUCACGAGAGAGGAGAGAAUCCUUAAGGUUCGAGAGGAGAGGGAACAGAAGGCCAUCGCACGACAGCACAUCGACGCAACCAAAGGAAUGCUCCGCGAGCUGGAGACAGUCAUUAAUCUACGACCACGAACGCGUGCCAGCGCACCAGCAGGAAGGAUUGUGUCGAUGUAG